GUACACGUGUCUGUUCUGCGCUUUUACUUUGAAACGAGUGAGCGGAAGCAGCGGUGCCUCCGGUCCUGCGGUCAGCCGGGAGAAGUUGUACGUGUUGUGUGUGCAGCGGCGGAGUCGCCUCAUGUUGUCGUGUCAGGUUUCACGCUGUUCUCCUCAAACUGGAUGACUUGUCGCGGUCAACGUCAGCGUCGUCCAUCCCAGCCGGUCAGGAAACUUUGUGACGCUUCCGUUAGCUCCGUUGUCACGACACAAAAAGCUGCCCGCUAACUUAGCACUGAAGUUGACGUUAGCAGCGUCGAUGAGAUAAUGGCCUCCCAUGUUAGCUAACGCCCGCUGCCCAACACUUUACCCGGGGGCCACUAAUGCCCAACGUUAUGAUUUAGUUUCCUCCCGCCUGGUUGUUAUUUAGCGGCUGUUGGGGCUAAAGCUCGCCCGCUGUUUACCCCGGUGAGUGUUAGCAACAGGCUAGCUGAGCUAAGUUCCCGUUUAGAUGAAAAAGAAACCGCUGCGUCCAGAAGGAACGAACUCCGCGUUUCCCUGUGAAAGUUGACGUCUCCCUGCAUGAUGGAGUAGCGGGUGGCGAAGUUGCUAUGGUGUCUGCGCUGCCAUUGGUGAGUAAAACCACACCGUGUAAAUACAGGGGAGUGACAAAUACUCCCCUCGCUCACCUUCACACUGUUGCGUCAGUUCUUAAAGUUUCCUGCUCCUGUCGAUCGGAGUGAACCGUGUGUCCCCUCCUCUCUCGAACCCAGCACCUGCCGAGUUGAUCAGCUGACAGCGAGACACCUGAUCCAGCAUGCCGAGCGUCGGAUCCAGGUUCUUCUUCUCUUCGGGGUUUGUGGUCGGGACCAUCACUCUGUACGUGUUUCUACGGCAGGUGUGGUUUGAGACGGGGCUGUCAGCUCCGCAGGCCAUCAACUCAGUCAGGGACUAUCAGCUGGAGCGUAAGAUAUGGAAGAAGGAGAGGUCUGCUCUGUUCAACCUCAAGCACCCUCAUCAGAAAGGUGAGGAUGGCCGUAUUGCUGAUGAGCUGUACAAAAAGGUGCGCAUUCUUUGCUGGGUGAUGACUGCACCAAAGAACUUGGAGAAAAAGACUCGACAUGUGAAGACCACGUGGAGUCGUCACUGCAAUGUGGUGGUCUUCAUGAGCUCCGUGGAUGACCCCAACUUCCCCACUGUGGGAUUGGGUACAGACGAAGGUCGGGAUCAGCUGUACUGGAAAACAAUCCGGGCCUUCCAUUACGUCUAUGAGCAUCACAGCCACGAGGCAGAUUGGUUCCUCAAGGCAGAUGAUGACACCUACGUUAUUGUAGACAACUUGCGUUGGGUUCUUGCGAACCACACGCCGGACGAGCCAAUUUACUUUGGCCGACGGUUCAAGCCCUUCGCCAAGCAGGGCUACAUGAGUGGCGGAGCGGGUUAUGUGCUGAGCAGAGAGGCUCUACGGAGAUUUGUAGAAGGUUUUAAAACCAAACAGUGCACUCACACUACCUCAGUAGAGGACCUGGCAAUGGGACAGUGCAUGGAGAAAGUCGGGGUGCUGGCAGGAGACUCCAGAGACACAGUGCACAGGGAGACAUUUCACCCCUUUAUUCCGGAGCAGCACCUCACGAGCAAGUUCCCCAAGAGCUUCUGGUAUUGGAGCUACUGCUACUACCCAAUCGUAGAGGGUCCAUUCUGCUGCUCAGACUUGUCUGUGUCAUUCCACUAUGUUGAUGGUUCACAAAUGUAUUUAUUGGAGUACUACACCUAUCACCUGCGUGCCUUCGGCUAUAGACACCGUUACCAGCCCCCCGACCCAAAGCGCUACAGUAUUGAGCAUUCAGGUUCAGCUGCAGAAGAACAAAAAGAACCGGCUCCUCAGGUGAAAGGCAAAGGAGAAGGCGUUGAUCCACCCAAGAUGGACAAGAAACAGGACGCAGAUCAACAUCCUGCAGCUGGUAAAGAUCCUCCCAUUGCACCAGAGGUGAAACAACAGUAGGACUCUAUGGUUGUGUGAAGGGAACAUUGUCAUUAUGAAGAGGCAGAAUUGUGUGUUUUUAAUCUUUGCUUAUUCAUUCAUUCUGAUAAUUUUGGCUCAUAUUUCUACAAAAGUAGAACGGUCCACUUUGAUCUGAAGUGUCUUGAGCUAAAGGACUGCUACUAACUUCAACUUGCGACUGCAUUUUAGGCUAAAAGUGGCCCUUAUUUUUCCAGAUUUGUAAGAUGCUUUUUACAAUUUUAAAGUUGAGAGCAAUUUUCUGUAGGCUAUGAUCAUUUAAAACCAACCAAUAAUUAUUUCCCAGAGCCACGUUUUGUCUGAUCCCUUUCUUGACUGCUGCAAAACCACCAAAACCUGAUCUACCACUCUUUAGUCAAGACGCAAUGAAGUUGUUUGACUUCAUUUCACGCAUAGUGAACUAUGUGCCUGCUAAUGACAAUAAAUUGUCUUGAACUUAAGUGACCAAGAGGUGAGGUUUGCUGCUACUCCAUACAUUUUCUGAUUAUUGAACAAGAUUAAAAAAAGAUCAUGUUAGAUUAAUAUCUGUGCACUCAAUAAUUGGUAUCAUAGAUGAUAUUGUAUUUGUUCUGAGAACCAGCUUUCUGACUCCAAAUUUGAUUCAGACUUUACUCAAAAAGUAUUUUCUAUCACAUUUUAGUGUAAUUGUAAUGUUACGUCCAUGUUCCCUGUAUAGGAAUAAAUCAGUUUUAUUCGUUUAAAUGUUGUGGUGCAAUUAUGAAAGUCCCAUUUAAUUUAUAUUUAGUUUUUUUGAAAAUUAACUUAACAAAGAAAGAAACUAAUGGUCCUUUUCUUUACCAUUAAAUACAAAUUAUAUUCUUGAUUACUUAGUUUGGUUGGAAAAUGUCAAAUGUUGAAAAUAGUAAAAAAAUAUCUUUGAAAUGAAAAACCCCAAAAUUAUCAACUAACUAUCACUGUAAAAAAGAAGCUGGACCAAGGUGAUAUUUCAUGUUUGUUUGGAAAACAAACAACAAUUAUAUGGUUAUCAAAACUAAUUGCACAUUGAGCCACUAGUCAAUUAAUAAUAGUUUUAUUUCUUUUUAUUGACAUUUAGGUGAGUACAGUUUUCUAUUAGUUCAUGUGAAAGUGUAGUAAAAGUAUUUUUUUUCCCCAUAGAUAAUGAAAAUUUGUCUCAUCACAUUUAUUUAGCUGAAUGGUCGGACCACAGUCAGCUAUGAUUCUGCAGCUCAGUCAGUUAAAUAGAAUGAAAUAUCACACUUAUCCUCAAAAUGAUCCAGGAAAAUAAACACCAAUACAAAAACAUGAGCUAAAUUUCAUUAGCAAGGUUUUUGGAUUCCUCUCUAUCUCUUUAUCUAACAUAGAGAUGCAUUAAUGUGACCACAAUGCUUUAAAUGAUAAGUCCUGAUGACUGGAUUUGAACAAUCGAGCCAAAGAUUUUCCUCUGGGAUGAGACCAGACCGAGGACGAACAGACACGCUAAUAUCUGUGAACACCUCUUGAAGUUAAUGCAGUGAAUGUUGGUGCUUCCCUGUUGUGUAUAACUGGUGUUUCAUAUGUUCAGUCAUCACAACCUUUUAUUUGAUCUGGGAUCCAACGAUGGUUGUUAGACGCGCCUUCAGCUGGAGGAGCAGAAAGUCAGUGGGCUGUAGUCAACCAAAGAAAAUCUUCCUGGAGUUGUUACUUCUCUUCAACCAAUCCAUUCGUCUUGAGUGAAAAAACCCCGGCAUGUUCUCUCCAGAUUGAUUAAAUUGGCCACAGUGCACCCCACCGGCAAUAAUCAGACUAAUUCGAUUUUUGUUGGAUGAUGUUACAUGUUGAAAAGUCGAGUGGGAGACUGCAGCUUUCGCUAUCAGUCAACCACCUUCCUUUCCUUCUUACCCAUCCAUGGCACAUGGUUUUCUAUUUGUUCUUCCUGAAACUGUCUCUGGAUCAACACUUCACACUUCCCUGUAUCUUCUCCCGGUGGACUCAUUAGCUUGUGCCUUGUAUAUUGAGAUUGUUUGAGUCAACAGCUGAACACAUGACUUUGCACUGUGACAUGACCAUAAUGAGAGUGACAACUUUCAGAUGGAGCUUAUUGAAUCCUUCCAAUGUAUAGAGCAUGGCCUUUGCCAGAGGAUGACUUGUGGUUCACUUCUUUUAUACAAAUGUACUUUCAGUAAUGUGUAUUUUCUAAAUGCUGGGCGUGUUGGGACAGAGCCUUUCUUUUCUUUUUCUACUCAGUACAUUGCAUUUAUUCAAAAAUAAUUCCUGCCAGUUUCUUUACUACUUUGUAGCCAAACAAAGAUUAAUGUUAUGGCGGGAGAUUCAUUAAUUACCAAAUACAGAAGAAUAUAAACUGAAAAUAAAAAAUGGCUUCAGGAAUCAGGCAGGAUUUAGUUUUAUGUGAAAAUGCAUUUGAGUGUUUUGGGGGCUUUUUGGUGUGUUUUUUUCUUUUUAACCACUUAAACCUUUUAAUUUCCCUUUGAGUUUACACAUGUAUGAGGCAACUAAAGCCUAUCUAAUUUCCAAAAGCCUUUUUCUUUGUGUUCAUAAUUGGUUUCCUUCAGUACAUGAGCACAGAGCAAGUUUAGUAUUUGAAAAGGAAAAGUCCAGUUUAAACAAAUCAACACGUUUUUUUUUAUUAUCCGUCUGAUAUGGUGUCCGAUACCAAUAGUAUAUAUAUUCCUAAAUGUCAUUAUUAAACACUUAUAACAAAUUAUUUUCAGGUUAACCAUAAACUUUAUUGUAAAUAACUAUAAAUGAGUUUGAAAAUAUUUUUUUACAUACAAUACAUCAUAAACACAUUUUUAAACGCCAAUACAGAUAUGACUGAUUUUGACAUUUGGCAAUUUUUGUUGCAUCACCAUCAGUAGAUCAAUAGUUUCUUCUGGCCCUAACAACUCGUUGAUAACUGCCCCAUCUGGUUUGGGGCUGUCUUCUGCAACAAUUUUAUCAAAGGGAAAGUUGUACAGUACUGUAUUUAUAUUUUAAAUGUCUUUGUUUAUAUUGACGUCUGAACAGAGUCAGUGCUUGUGGCUUGUCUUUACUUUGUGUGAGUGUUUGAGCACACGUGGGCAGGGUGGUUUUCUGUGAAUGGUUCUUUAAUCACUAUAAAUAAAUGCAUAUUUUAUUGUA